AUGCGUCGAGUCCACCUCGCCGUGCUCCUUGGCUUUGCGGCUUUCACCGCAGCUUUGCCAUCACCCUCUACUACUCAUAACAACCACCGCUCAACCAAAGAUGUCAAAGUGCUAAUCCUUGGAGGAGGCGUUGCUGGUGUUAUUGCCGCGCGCACAUUGCACCGCAAGGGCAUUGACGACUUUCUGAUUGUCGAAGCGCGUGAUGAGCUAGGCGGAAGGAUGCAGGAUUAUACCAUCGGCGUCCCUGGAAAGCAAUAUGUCAUCGAACUCGGUCCUAAUUGGAUCCAAGGAACGCAGACUGGCAAUGGAACAGCUAAUCCCAUUCUGACGCUCGCUCGUAAACACCACGUGAAGAACCAAUAUAAUGAUCUUGAUGACAGUAUCACGACCUACGACUAUAAUGGGUUGAAAGACUAUCGUAACCUCCUGGACACAUCAGUUGAUCAAUUCACUCAGGUCGGAGUUAUUGCAGGGGGACGCGUCUUGACGCAGCAGGUUGACCUCGGCCUUCAAAGCGCAUACGGCAUCAUCGGCGCAACUCCAAAGAACAUGUACGAAGCAGCUUGCCAGUAUUAUCAAGUCGACUGGGUACGAAUGCAAGUUUUUUCUUUCUUAGACGUCUUCAUCCCGCUGAUCAUUGUAACUGCACAUCCAAUAGAUGCACAGGCCCCAGACCAGAAUUCGUGGAUAGCAUCAGCUUGGAACAACAACUUUACCUUUGACGUCGAUAUGGGUGGCUUCUCGGACGAUAAUAACCUCUGCAUUGACCAGCGUGGCUUCAAAACCAUCAUCCAGGCCGAAGCUGCAGAUUUUCUUCAACCCGUGCAAGUCUCCCUGAAUUCGGUUGUCACGACGAUUGCAUACAGCGGGGAUGGGGUGACGGUCACACUAAAAAAUGGUACUUUUCUCACCGCAGACUACGUGCUUUGCACAUUUAGUAUUGGAGUGCUACAAUAUGGUGAUAUCGCGUUCAAGCCCGCUCUUCCCUCGUGGAAGAUCGAGGCCAUUCAGAGCAUGGUCAUGGCCACGUAUACAAAAAUAUUCUUGCAAUUCAAUGAAAAGUUCUGGUUUGAUACCGAGAUGGCCGUCUAUGCGGACAAGGAACGGGGGAGGUAUCCGAUCUGGCAGAGUCUUGACCACGUUAAAUUCUUCCCUGGUUCUGGUCUCGUCUUUGUGACCGUCACUGGUGAUUACUCACUGCGCAUCGAGGGCAUGCAAGAUUCAGAUGUUCAAGAGGAAGUCAUGGAAGUCCUCCGAGCCAUGUACCCCAACAUUACUGUUCCUGAUCCUGUCGCAUUCCAUUUUAAACGCUGGCAUGCGGACCCUCUCUUCCGUGGUUCCUACUCCAACUGGCCUCCUUCUUUCCUUCCCGGUCACUCGGAAAAUCUGAGGGCUACUGUAGACAAGAGCCUCUGGUUUGCGGGUGAAGCUACGAGCUUGAAGUAUUACGGUUUCCUUCAUGGUGCGUAUUUCGAAGGGUUGAACGCUGGGGAGGAGAUCGCUAAGUGCGUUGAGGGCCCUGCAUGCACUGGGCGGGAGCAUCUGAAUAGUGUGGUCGAUGCUUCCCCUUAUCCGUUCGUGUCUAUCACGCCUUAG